AUGCGUUCUCUUGCCUACACCAUCACCACUGCCAUGGCCUCUGGCCUCGCCCACGCCGCCACCAACCCCAAAGCCCAAGGCGCCUGCUCCCCCACCAAGGGCGGCGCCGGCGCCUGCGGCCCCAACGGCUCCGAGCAGUGGCUCAACACAGGUCUGACGGCGGACGGCUGGACGCCGCCCUUUCUCGACAUCAACUCGCUCACCCACAUCACGCUCGACGCCUACUACAAGGGCGUCGGCAAAAACUGCCAAAAGUACGACCAGUACUUCCAGAGCGCCGGCCGCAAGUACAACAUUGACCCGGCCAUCCUCGCCUUCCUCGCCAUGCAGGAGUCGUCGUGCAACGCCGACGAGGGCGGGCCCACGCCGGGCCUGAUGCAGUGCGCGCCCGCCAACUGCCAAAACGGGAAAAAGAGCUGCCAGUACCCGGUGCAGGACAAUGUCGACUGCGGCGCGCACGUGCUUCGGCAAGGGCUGGACGCCAACGGUGGCAAUGCCGUCAAGGCCAUUGGCGCGUACAAUGGCUGGUUCACGGCCGGGUCGGGGCUCAACGGCAACAAGGGCAUCACGGAAAAGUACCCGUGCAGCAGCGAGGGCAAGAGGAACGGGCUCCCGCAGAACCUCAACUACAUCCACGAGACGCUCAACGGCUGGUUCCAGGGCUACGACAUGUACGGCAAGGACAGCGGGCUUCACGGAAAGUACAACUGCCAGGGAAAGUGCACUGGCAGUAAUCUUUGUUAG